CAGGGCUUCAGGGACUGAUGCUCAGCGAGCACCAGGCGCCAGGCCUUUCUUCUGAGGCACCUCUGGGUAGACACAAACCUCCAACCCUUUUGGUUAUCAACACAGCAUGUGUGUGUUUGUCUUUGAUGGAGCCCAACGUCUGGCCCUCUGUCCUGCAGGUCGAGGUGUGUCCCUGUACAUUCCCCAGCCCUCCAUCAACGCCACAGUGAGGGAAGACAUUCUGCUCUCCGUCGAGUACUCCUGUGUCGGGGUGCCCACCAUUGAGUGGAAAUACACCACCAACUGGGGUGAGCAGAAGAUCGUGGAAUGGAAGCCGGGGACUCAGGCCAACGUCUCCCAGAGCCACAGGGACCGAGUGUGCACCUUUGACAAUGGCUCUAUCCAGCUCUUCAGUGUGGGCCUGAGCGAUUCCGGCUACUACAGCAUCAAGGUGACGGAGCACCUGGGGAGCAGCCAGUUUGGCACCAUCAUUCUGCACGUCUCUGAGAUCCUCUAUGAAGACCUGCACUUUGUCGCUGUCUUCCUUGCUUUUCUCGCUACUGUGGCCGCGGUGUUAAUCAGCCUCAUGUGGGUUUGUAAUAAGUGUGCCUAUAAGUUCCAGAGGAAGAGAAGACACAAACUCAAAGAGAGCAAGAGUGAGGAAAUUGAGCUGCAAGAUGUCGAGUGUUAGCCCGCGCGGCCCCGCCACAUUCCUACCUCAAGAGGAAAACACGCUUUUCCCACGAAAGCAGCCCACAGAGACAGUCCAUCCUGUUGUCCUCCCACAGUCACCGCUCCUGAUGGGACAGCAGGAAGGGAGCAGACUGCCUGCGUGCAGUGGAAGGCUAUGGACUGGCCCAAGUCCGUUGUAGUCCUGGCACUGAGUUCAAGGAGAACCCAGGCUGGGAGCCAGGAGCUUUGCUGGGCUACGGCUUCCGGGCCACAUUGGCCCUAACCAGUGGAGUCGUGCAGCCAUGGGCAGCUUGCUCCGGACACGUUGCUGUGGCCAGAGACUGGCCUGAGACUGUCCAGGCUUGUGACUGUGCAGUUUGCACAUGCUCCCCAUGCCUUGUGCUCCUGCCUGCUCUGCAAACAGCUUGCACCUCCCAAAACCCACAAGCACUGGUGUGGGCACUGUCGUGAGCAAACUGAGGCUUUCAGACAGCCUGCUGCCAAGGACAGACUGGCCUGCGGGAGCUGCUCAGAGCAGGCAAGGCCCUGUGAGCAAGAGCUCUGGGAAGGAAACUCAAGGUACUUCCUGAGCAGCUCCUUCCUUUUCUCCAUUCCACCCUGGGUUGGCUUUCCCCCCCUCACAGCCCCCCAACAUGGAUUGUGUUAGUAAAACAGCAGCUCACCC